ACAUAUUUUCUCAGUCCGUCUCUGACUACACGAUCGUGCAGACGCGCGUUGCGCACAGUUGUGGAAGAUCGUCCUAGCGUUGCCGCUGUUUGAAUUCUCCCGUUGCUCUCGGAAGAUUUUCCACCGCACGCAGCAAUAUCGCGCGUGCGUAUUUGUGGUGUGUGCGUGUGGAACCGACGGUGGAAUAGUUUUGUGCCAGUGCAGCGUGUGCAUCUUGUGGUGGUGUAUCUUCCAUUCGUUGAGCUGAGUUUUUCCGUUUUUGGAACCAACUACAAAAAAAAGGUGCACUUUCCAUAUGUGAAAUGUGAAACUCCAUGAGCGCGUGUGUGUGUGUGUUAUGUGCGUAAAGGCAGACAUAACCGUCCGUACAGUAGACGCAGAACAGAAGGAAGAAAAACAUAAGAAGAGAAAAGCAAAGCCAACACAAGAGAGAAAAAAAAAACGAAGUAUGCAAAACAACCAUCCAACACUCAAAGCAAAACGUGUUGUGGCUCUCUGUUGUGACCAUGUGUGCCGUCAAGAGUUGUGUUUGCUGAAGCGAAGGCUCAAAGAAUACAGUGAGAUGCAAAACUAAGAGUUGCAAUUCAAAAGUGAAUUGCUAAAGUGAACGGUUAGCAAAUUGGAUUAAGAGUUAGUGAAAUUGGGGUGUGUCAAUCGAAGCGAAAAAAGGUGCAAUACUUAUCAAAGGAAGGCAAAAAAUCAGUGCAUCAGUGCAGUGUGCAGCAACAAAGGCCAAAACAACAACAAAAAACGAACCGAACGAAACGGAAGCGAAAAGAAGAAAAAAAAAAACAGGAGAAAAAAUCCAAUAAGGAAUAGUAUCGGAUCGAUUGUCAUUCGAUCUGCGAUAUUUGUCCUUACGUUCGAAGUGUUCAAUAUCAGUGCCAAGCCGCAAAGUGUAGAGUGCCGUGCGACGAAACAGUGUGAAUAAAGAAUUAGGGGAAGAGAAGAAGAAGGUUUCUAUCUAAGCUGAAUUAAAACCACCGCGGACAAAUUGGAUUACGCAAAGAGAAUAGAAAAUCAAGCACGGGAAUCGAUCACAAUAGGAAGCUGUCAACACACAUCGAAUCAGACCGGUGACCUUUACAAUGUUGCAAUGUGAGGUGAGCUCGAUCGGAUAUGUCCGUACGGUCGCGAAACGGCCACGCAGCUGACGAGAGUAGAAUUGUGAACAAACAAAUCGCGAACGCGACCGAGUGAAGUGCGCAACGAAUAAGGACCUGAAGGGUGGUUUGUAGGCCCUUAAUUUGGCCCUAUUUUGUGAAGCCGCUGUGUUGUGUUGUGUCCACUCCAAAGGGGAAAACAAUGUCCACAAAAAUGGCCUCGAACGGUACAGAUUGGAGGUGCGUUCUAGCGCUGCUGUUAAGUGUGUGGAUCGUGCAGACCGCAACGUACAAACUAUCACAGUCCGACCCGGACACGAUACGGAUCAAUUUAGGCAAUAAAAAGUUAGUAAAGGAGACGGUCCCACUCUAUUCGAAGUUGAUCAUCAAGUGCAACUUCGACAGCCCGGCGUGGUAUAAGAACGGCAAACUGAUUCCGGUGGAUCAUAAGCGUGCAAAAUCGCUACGCUUUGAGCGAGUGCGCAAAACCGACGCCGGUUACUAUUCGUGCGGUUCCGAGUUUCACGAAUGGUCCAACCUGACCCUGUCCGUGUUCAGUCAGGAAACGGACCAGUAUCAGAGUGACGGAGCCGGCAUGGCAAACCUGGAACGGAAAAGCCUACACUCACCAUCGGUCGCCGCCGCCGCCGUUGCCACCCCCAUACUGGACAACGAGUUGAAGGAAGGCCCGCCGCGCAUACUUGGCACGCGUGACGAACCCUAUCCCUCCCCGGUGGUGCGCGGGGUGGGCGAAGCGUACCGGCUCAAGUGUGACGCCGUCGGUCAGCCGGCACCGCACGUUAGCUGGCUCAAGGAUGGGGCCGAGUACCGGGACAACUCCUACAAAUCGACGAUCGUGUUCAAGCAGCUGCUGCCGACGGACGCCGGCACGUACGUGUGCAACGUGUGCAACGUGUACGGGUGCGUCAAUGCCACCACCGUGCUGGAGGUGGUCGAAUCGGGCGAGCACGAGCCCGCCUACAUCCAGCACAACACGAUGGAGAGCCAUUCGCAGCUGCAGGGCGAUCCGGCCACCCAGGACACCCAGGUGAUGAUGCGCGCGCUGGGCCGUUACUAUCCGGCCGGGGCGACGGAAAAGCGGCCGCAGCAUCACACCUACCAACCGGAAGACGCGGACAUGGAUGAGGAUGAGGAUGAGGACGGGGAAGAGGAGGAAGAGGAAGAAGGUCCAACAAAUGGCACGGGUGUGCACGGGUCCGACACGACCGAGGACAGUGCCGGUGCGGUCAAUGGAUCGGGCACACCGCCCCCGGAUCGGGCACCGAUAUUCACCAAGAAAGACCAAAUGACCAAGAUUGUGUCGAAACCUUCGGGCAAUAUGGUGAGGUUGCGGUGUCCGGCCGAUGGGUAUCCGAAGCCGAACAUCACCUGGACGAAGGAUGGUCGGAAAAUCGAACGCGCCAUGGGCCAGGUGAAGAAGGUGAACUGGGCGAUCGUACUGGAGGAUUUGGUACCGCAGGACUCGGGCAGCUACACUUGUGCGGUGUGCAACCAGGUUGGCUGUAUCAACUUUACCACCAAGCUGGAGGUGAAAGAUCGCUUCCCAGCACGGCCCCACAUUACCGAGCGACCGAAGAAUGUGACUGCGCUGGUCAACACGACCGUGUUCUUCAGCUGCCCGAUCCUGUCCGAUCUGGAGCCGCACAUUGAGUGGGUGAAGCUGGGAUUAGUCGAUCUGGAAAACAUGUCCAUACCGGAGAACGUUACCAAGCUUAAGCGCGAUCCGGACAAUCCCGAAGUGUUGACGCUGGAAAACGUUACCCACGCCGACGAGGGCUGGUACACCUGCAUUGCGGCCAACAGUCUCGGCGCGACGAACGAGAGUGCCUACCUGCAGGUGCUGGAUGAACUGCCGCCGGACGACACCCCGACCGCACAUCCGGUGCGCACGCACUCGACGCUCAUCAUGGGCAUGACGAUCUUUCUGUGCGCUUGCUUCACCGUGCUGGCCGUGAUCGUGAUCAUCGUCUGCAAGAAGCUGAAGCGCGAGAAGAUGAAACACCGCGCAAUGGAGCACGUCAACCAAUGGACGAAGAAGGUGAUCGUGCUGAAGCAGCCGGUCGUGGAGAGCAGCAUACCGGGCAUGUCAGAGGCACUGCAAAUGCCGAUCGUACGCAUCGAAAAGCAACGUUCGACGCUGGUGCAGAGCGGUAACUGCGAUCCGACCAUGAUCUCGGAGUACGAGUUUCCGAUCGAUUUGAACUGGGAGUUUCCCCGCAACAAGCUACAUCUGGGCAAGAGCCUGGGCGAGGGAAUGUUUGGCAAGGUGGUGAUGGCGGAAGCGCACGGGCUGGUCAAGGGCCAUCCAUCGACCGUGGUUGCGGUGAAGAUGCUGAAGGAGGGACACACGGAUGCCGAUGUGAAGGAUCUCGUCUGCGAGAUGGAGGUGAUGAAGAUGAUUGGCAAGCACGUGAACAUCAUCAAUCUGCUCGGCUGCUGCUGCAAGGAUGGACCACUGUACGUGAUCGUCGAGUACGCGCCGCACGGCAAUCUGAAAAACUUCCUGCGCAGCCAUCGGUUUGGCUCGAACUACGAGGCGACGAACGAAAAGGAGAAGAAAAUCCUCACCCAAAAGGAGCUCAUCUCGUUCGCGUAUCAAAUUGCACGCGGAAUGGAACAUUUGGCAUCGCGAAGGUGCAUUCAUCGAGAUUUGGCGGCGCGUAACAUCCUCGUGAGCGACAACUACGUGAUGAAGAUAGCCGAUUUUGGACUGGCGAGAGACAUCCACGAUCAGGAGUAUUACCGUAAAACGACGACCGGCAAACUGCCCAUCCGAUGGAUGGCACCGGAAUCGCUGGAGGAAAAGUUCUACGACUCACAGAGCGAUGUAUGGUCCUUUGGUGUGCUGCUGUGGGAGAUUAUGACGCUGGGAGGCAACCCUUACCCAUCGAUACCAACGUGGGACAACUUGCUGGAGCAUCUGAAGAAAGGAAAACGGAUGGAAAAACCUCCACUGUGUUCAAUUGAAAUAUACCUUUUCAUGCGCGAGUGUUGGCACUAUCGACCAGAGGAACGACCCACGUUCAGCGAAAUCGUACAACACCUGGACCGGCUAGUAAGCAUAACGUCCAACGAGGAGUACCUAGACCUAGGGCUACCGCAGCUAGAAACACCACCCUCUAGUGACGAUAGCGACGACGACGUGGAGGAGGACGAGGAAGAUUGCGACGAUCAGGCGGGCACGGAGCACGAGCGUGUUCAUAUGUAUCGAUUCAACAGAAGCUACAACAACGACUGUAUCUACUAAGCUACACUGUGCCAUCAGCGGGUAGGGAUCCUCAAGAUUAGUCUCACCGAUCACUGAGCAGUCCCAGCAUAGAAUAUUUAUUUUAUAUCAAACGAUUACGGUGGAGCAUGUAUGGAGCCUGGAUGUAUGUGUGUAUGUGUGUGCGUGUGUACGAGAGGCCGGUCCUACUGCCCUCAGCAUGGAUGUCCCGUGCGUGUUGGGAAUGCUCUCUGUCUCGCUAGCCGUUAAGUUUAAACAAGACUGUAUUUAUUUGAUGUAACGUAGAGCAGCUGUUAGUCUGGUAAGGAAACAAAAACAAACUAAGGAGGGAAAACUAGUCAAUAACUGCGGAUCCUUUCGUGUGCAGCACAUCCAAAUCUUAUAUUGUGUAAUAACCAGUUCACCAUGACCACGUGGAGGCCAUUACGUGUUAAUUAAUAGUACUAUCGGUCUGUCGACGAUUGUUUCGCGUGCGCCGGUUUCGGAUGGCUGGACAAUCCGACGAAACAAUCCCAAUCCGAGCUCUUAGCGUUAAUGUUUUAAGAUGUGUUCUGGCAGGCAAACGAUUCAGGACGAUACGCAUAGACGUACCACGCAUGUGAAUAACUGUUUCUUUUCAAUUGGAAUUCUAUGGUACAUGGUUCUAUGGUAUCGCUUUUAACGGUAGUGAAGCACAGGUGACAAUUUUAUGAGACACCCCAUGGAUGUCGUAGGCAUUAUACGUAAGCGUAGAUCACUUGAUAACACAAUCAACGAGUAUUAUUGUAAAUAGGGCGGUAGAUGCAGGAAUCCAACGAACAAUUGUAAAAAUCGAAACAAACAAAUAAAGUCUAAGAAAAGCCGAACAA